UCUAUUAUUUGUUUACCUUUUUUAUUUUUAUUUUUGUUGGAUCGAAUCUCUCCGUUUGCUAAAGUAAUAAGAUUUCGUUUACUUUAUUUCUUCCUAUUUAGAAUUAGCUUUUAUCAUAAUGUUUACAUGUCCAGACUGCAAAAUCGAAUUCUUCACAUUUAAUUCCCUGGGUAGACAUUUUCGUUUAAGCCAUCAAAAAGACCCUAAAGAAUUGGAGGGUUUAAAGUACCCUUGUCCCCACUGUCCUGGGGUAUUCCGCACUAAAACAAUAUGGCAAGACCAUAUUAAAAAAAGUCAUGGGCAAAGUCAAAGGAAGAGUCACCUAAUUUGCCCCCUGUGCACAGAAAACACAAAAAAUUACAAGUCUUUAAUAAACCACUUGGUAAAAGAUCAUAAGCUUGUUAUUGAGUGUGAACAAUUGGAGUUCGACUCUAUUAAAAAGUUUAAUAGCUGGAAAAUUGCAAGGGAGCGUGAUCUAAAUGUAAUGUAUGUAAAGCAGACAGCAGGAAAAAGACUAAGUAAUGGAAAAUUACGGACAUAUUACCACUGUCAUAGGUCUUUUUCAUGUAAGGCUAAGGGCAGGCUUAUAAGGAAAGGGAAGGCAAUGGGAAGCAAUAAAAUUAACCGGGCAUGUCCAGGCAUACUUAUUGUAACAGAGCAAGGUGAUAAUGUGCAUGUUAUACAUUAUGCUACUCAUUUAGGACACAACUGUGAUAUUGGAAGAAUGAAUCUUACAACUGAGGAGAAACUGUUUAUUGCCGGGAAGCUACGUGAAGGUAUAACCAUAAGUCAAAUUCUCAUAGAAAUACGAGCAUCUGCAACAGCGUCGAACUUCAACCGACUUCACUUACUAAAGAAAAAAGAUAUUCAUAAUAUUAUAAGAGACCUUUCGAUUCAGGUCAAAAAAACGCCUAAUAAAAAUCGUAAAAAAAGACAAACUGAAAAUGACAAACUAUUUGAUGAUAUUGUGGCAGCUUUUCGAGGGGAUGCCAAGACAAAAUUGGAACAAAUUAAAAAUGCACACGAGGAAAGCAGAGCUGUGGAAAAUUGUAAAUUUGAUUCUGAACAGAAUUAUUGGCUAGUACCAGAAAACCCUGAAGAAAUAUAUUUUAUUCAAUCUUUAGAUGUUGAAUGUCCAGAUGAAAGGUGUUGCGUUCAAAAGUGCGAAGAAUGUGACAUUUGCAUACAUUCUUAUAAAUGCAGUUGCAUUGAUAAUCAGGUGUUUUAUUUCAUCUGCAAGCAUAUUCAUGCCGUACAUGACUAUAGAAUAAAUAGUUUAUUUGAAGCAUUUGUUGAUAUUAAUGAACCUAAUGGAGUUAUUAAAGUUGAGAAUGAUGACAGGGAUGCUGAUAUUUUUAUUGAUGAAGAUGAAAUAAUUGAUGGUAUUGUAAUUGAAGAUUCUAAUGCUGAAGACCAAGUAGAAUUAAUGGAAGGAUAUGAUAUUAAAGCUAAAUUAGAGUUAAUUCAAACAUUAUAUGAAAAUGUUGAGUUAAAACGAACUGAAAGUGAUUUAGUUGUUAGUCAUUUAAAUGCAGUUUUAUGUUUGCUCAGUAAAAACGUCAUUAAAGUAGAACUUGAUUUGGAAGGCGGUACUUGAACGUGUUCGAUAGCUUUUAGAUAUAUGUAAUAAAAUUAGACUAAUAAAACUUAUUAUACAAUAUUAAUAUAAUUAUAUUAUAUU